AUGGCGACCCCGACGACAACUUCGGCUGCGCCGACUUCGACCAACCGGGUCGCGCCGCAAGGCGGUAUCCUGGAGGGCGCAAACCCGUCCGUGUACGACCCAAAGAACCCUCUCACCAUCUUCAUUAUCCAGGUCGGGCUCAUCGUUAUUAUCUGCCACAUCCUGCAUUGGCCUCUGUCCAAGAUCCGUCAACCCCGAGUCAUUGCCGAAGUCAUUGGAGGCAUCAUCCUUGGUCCCUCAGUAAUGGGACAUAUCCCCGGAUUCAAGGAUGCCAUCUUUCCCGCUGAAUCGAUUCCCAACCUUACCCUGGUCGCAAACCUGGGUCUUGUUCUCUACUUGUUCAUGAUUGGUCUCGAGACCGAUGUUCGAUUUCUGCUGAGCAACUGGCGUGUUGCCACCUCUGUCGCUUUUGCUGGACUGGCCCUGCCCUUUGGUGUUGGCUGCGGUCUCGCCUGGGGCGUAUACAAUGCUUUUCGAAAUGAUCCCGGCAUCAAGCCGAUUGAUUUCAGCGUCUAUAUGCUUUUCGUUGGCAUCGCAGUUGCCAUUACUGCCUUCCCGGUGCUUUGCCGUAUCUUGACCGAACUGAAGCUGCUCGAUACCCCAGUCGGUGUUAUUACGCUCUCGGCGGGUGUUGCAAACGAUGUCGUCGGAUGGAUCCUGCUGGCUCUCUGCGUUGCUCUAGUCAACGCUGGCAAGGGCCUUACGGCGCUGUGGAUUCUUCUCGUUGCCAUCGGCUACGUCAUUGUCCUCGUCGUGGCCGUCAAACCCACCUUGAAGUUUGUCUUGCGGAAAACGAACAACCUUGAGAAUGGCCCUUCCCAAAGCUCUAUUGCUCUUAUUCUCCUCAUCGCUCUUUCCUCCGCCUUCUUCACGGGAAUUAUUGGAAUCCAUCCCAUUUUUGGAGGAUUUGUUGUUGGUUUGGUCAUUCCACGUGAUCAUGGCUUCAACAUUCGUGUCAUUGAGAAGAUGGAAGAUCUCGUCGGUUCUAUUUUCCUGCCUCUCUACUUUACCCUCUCCGGUCUUAGCACCAAUCUGGGCCUUCUCGACAAUGGAACCACCUGGGGCUAUGUCUUUGCUACCACCUUUGUCGCCCUCAUCACCAAGAUCGUUGGUGCCUCUCUUGCAGCCCGACUUAAUGGUCUUGUUUGGAGAGAAUCAUUUGCAAUUGGUGUCUUGAUGAGUUGCAAAGGUCUUGUGGAACUUAUUGUGUUGAACAUUGGUCUUCAAGCCAAGAUUCUCAGCGUCAGAACCUUUACCAUCUUUGUCGUCAUGGCCCUUCUCACCACUUUCCUCACAACUCCCGUCGUCUCCUUCCUUUACCCUCCCUGGUAUCAGAAGAAGAUUGCCGCCUGGAAGCGUGGCGAGAUUGAUUGGGAUACCGGUGCUCCAAUCACCCAAGUGAACGUCACUCCUGGAUCGGAUGAGACUCCCCAGAGAGUCAGGCGGCUGCUUGUUUACCUUAGACUGGAUAACAUGCCCGCACUACUCAACCUUCUUUCGCUAUUUGGAAGCUCUCACGCCGUAGAAGCACCAAGUGGAUCAUCUGAAGAAAGCUCAAAGAGAGCUUCUGAUGACGUAGUCAAAGGCCCUGUCCGAGCUCAUGGGCUUCGACUCCUCGAACUAACAGAUCGUGAUUCAUCCGUCAUGACGGUGGCGCAGGUCGACGAAUACACCAGGCACGAUCCCGUCGUCAACAUCUUCCGCAGCGUCAGCCAGCUUCAUAAUAUCUCAGCCUCUGGUGAGGUUGCCAUUAUGCCGGAAGAUCGCUUCGCAGAUGCUCUGGUUUCGCGCUCGUCCAACAUGGCUUCAGAUCUCCUUCUCAUGCCGUGGACCGAGACCGGUAGCAUGGGAGAUGCGCAGAUUAUUUCCUCCGCAAAGGUCGAAGACAGGCUUGCAUCUAACUAUCUGUCGUUUGUCAAGUCGGUCCUUCGCUCCCUUGACCACAAUGUUGGCAUCUUCUUUACGCGAAGCCAAGACGACGUCAAGAACCAAGGCCAAGGCCAAGACCAAGCCAAUACUCGCCGACAAUACUCAUAUGACGUUUCGAAACGCGAGUUCGCGACUGCACCGCUUGUUGCCCGUACUCAGAACAUCUUCUUCGUCUACUUUGGAGGACGCGAUGACAACUUCGCUCUUCACUUGGUUAUCCAGCUUCUCGAGCGCGAGCGCGUAACUGCAACCAUCAUCAACGUUUCCGAGCUCUCCGAGAAGUCUUCAUCAGCAAGCGAGAGCAUUCUUGAUGUAGUCAUGGGCAAACUUUCCCGCGAUACAGCUUCCCGGAUCAAGGUCGAGAAGUUCUCAGUUGCCCCUACAGUUGAAGAGCUGCUCAACCAUGCCGACGCAGCUCCUAGCGCCAAUGAGACAGAUGUCGCGAACCCAACCUUGGUCGUUUUGAGCCGCAGCGGAGGAAUCAAGUUGGAUGAAGGAAAGCUUGUAAACAGACCCAGGGAGGAUGUGCAGAGCUGCUUGGGUACCCUUGCUUCUCACUUUGUUGCUAGCGGUGUGACGACAGACCUGCUAGUCGUGCAAGCCAAGCUGGGUGCUACUUCGUCAUGAUGAUAUGAUACCUUUUUUGGAUAUGGUGCUUUGGAGUAUUUAGUAAUCCACACAUCUGCAUAUAUGGGCCUGCAGAUUUGAUGUUUAUGUACUGGCUACAUGUCGAGUUAUUUAUUGGCAAUACUACUAUAUCACAGCC